AUGUACCCUCUACCACUCACAAGUGAAUUUGAGGAUCAGGAAUCCAUGCGUGACGCCAUUGCUACGAGAAUGAACCACUACGACACGGCCCAUUACCUUCCUUCCUUUCUUCCAUUCCUGAAGGUUCAACUGCUCUCAAUGUUUCUGCGGUUGACUCAUCAGAAGAAGAGACGAAAUCGCGUCAUCAAACUCCAAGGUCACUUACGGUGGAUGCUGUGA